GCGGAGAAAUGCCUUCCGUUCCAUAUCUGCCUUGUGCGACGUAGAACGCUCAAGUCAAAUCAAAACAACGCUUCCAAAAUGGCGAUUCGGACGUACGGCGACAAGCCUCUUAGCUUUCAGCUCGAAGAAAAUGGAGAAUACUACUGUAUUGGGUCGGAGGUGGGAAACUACCUUCGGCUGUUCCGAGGUUCUCUCUAUAAGAAGUACCCUGGCAUGUUCAGGAGAGCCAUCAACAAUGACGAACGGAAGAAACUACUUGAGCUAGGGUUAAGUCAACACUGUCUUGCAUCGAGUGUGUCCUUGCUGAAAGCUUCUGAAGUAGAAGAUAUUAUAGAAGGCAAUGAUGAAAAAUAUAAAGCAGUUUCUGUACAUUCAGAGCCUCCUGCUCCCAGGGAAGUCAAACCUAAGAAGAGUGUGCCAUGGGUUCCAUCUGUGCCCAACAGUUCUCACUUAGAUGCUGUGCCGCAAGCCACUCCAAUUAAUCGGAAUCGUGUCAAUCUGAAGAAAGUGCGCACCUUCCCCCUCUGUUUUGAUGACACUGAUCCAAGUGUCAUAGUUGAAAAUGCCAGUCAAGUUGAGACUUUGGUCCCAAUUCGUUUGGAUAUGGAAAUUGAAGGACAAAAGUUACGUGACACAUUUACAUGGAACAAAAAUGAAACUCUGAUUACUCCAGAGCAGUUUGCAGAAGUUCUUUGUGAUGACCUGGAUCUGAACCCAAUCACCUUUAUUCCUGCAAUUGCUCAAGCCAUUCGCGGGCAGGUAGACAGUUUUCCCAGUGAAGGCACUACACUCGAAGAGAGUCAAGAUCAAAGAGUUAUUGUUAAGCUGAACAUUCAUGUUGGCAAUACAUCUCUAGUAGACCAAGUUGAAUGGGACAUGACAGAGAAGGAAAACAAUCCAGAAACUUUUGCCAUGAAGUUAUGUGCAGAAUUAGGCCUAGGCGGUGAAUUUGUGACUGCUAUUGCUUACAGUAUUAGAGGUCAAUUGGCAUGGCACCAACGUACCUAUGCGUUCAGUGAAACUCCCCUUCCUACCGUGGAAGUUCCCUUCAGACCGCCAUCAGAAUCCGAUCAAUGGGCCCCAUUCCUUGAAACCUUGACAGAUGCUGAAAUGGAAAAGAAAAUACGAGAUCAAGACAGGAAUACAAGGCGUAUGCGGCGGUUGGCAAACACCACUCCUGGCUGGUGAGCUGUUCCAUUCUACGCACCUUCUUUUACUUCAGGCUAUCAAUUUUCAUUUGCUAUUUAAAAAAAC